UGCACGCCUAUAAAUAAGAUAAGAGCUUGCUCACUGCAGGCUGAACGUGCGUAUUGUUCUCCGUCGAGUCGAUUCUCAUCGCGGCUAUUCUAUCUCCAGCACAACAAGGAGGAACGCUGACAUGAGGAGCGUGUUUGGAGCGUGACUCCACAGAUGGACCCCGUGUGUAAUGGAGCCAAAAAACAAGAGGGCGCCGAUCCCAGCACAGAAGCGAGGCCCCCUCCUGCCAAGAUGGCCCGUCUGGAGCAACAUGGACUUGGAUGCUCAGUGCAGGAAAGGAAUAAGCAAGGGAGUCCAGGUACCAAAAACCCGUAUGUGGUCCAGAAACCUGCCACAGGGAGGAGUCAACAUAGGAGCACUCAGCAGCCAAGAGGAAGCUCCUUACCUGUCUUCUGUGUGGUCGAGCACAUGGAAAAUCCAGCGGAGGGCGAGCGGAAAGACGGCCACGCCGAAUUCGUUCUCAUCAAGCGUGAUCUGCUCUUCAACCAGCUCAUCGAGAUGGCCUUGCUAACAUUAGGCUACUCGCACAGCUCUGCUGCUCAAGCCAAAGGUUUGAUCCAAGUGGGCAGGUGGAACCCACUCCCACUAUCUAGCGUGACGGACGCUCCAGACGCCACAGUAGCAGAGAUGCUGCAGGAUGUCCAUCAUGUCAUCACGCUUAAAAUACAGCUGCAGAGCUGCCCCAAACUGGAGGACUUGCCAGCAGAGCAGUGGACCCACUCGACAGUGAGGAACUCGCUGAAGGAACUCCUCAAGGACAUGAACCAGAGUUCACUAGCCAAGGAGUGUCCUUUGUCUCAGAGCAUGAUAUCAUCUAUCGUCAAUUGCACGUACUACGCCAACGUCUCAUCGGCCAAAUGUCAGGAGUUUGGACGAUGGUACAAACACUUCAAGACAUCUAAAAACAACAAAAUCGACACCUUCUCCGACCAACCCUCCCAUAAUCCCAUCACUCCGCAACCCAUCACCGGCAACGCCUCUGAUCAGACCUCCAACCUUCUUUACCUCCACGGAGGCCUCUCCAACAUGGUUUCCGGAGCCCCCUCUCACAAUAUUUGCAACUCCGGGUUGCUCACUCAAACUCUCAGCAGAUCUCAGCAGCAAGUCAUGACUCAAAUUCUAAACCAACAAUACGCCGUCCGCCUCAUGCUAGGAGGACAGGGGCUCUCACCGGCUUCCCAACAGUUUAUCAAUCACUCAAGAUCUCCUGGCAAGGUCUUCCCUAAAGACCAGCAACCCCCCCAGCAAGACAGCGGUCCACCGACCCAACAACAAACGUCAUCCGGCUCUUGUCUGGGUUUAGUCGACGUUCCCAAUGACAUCUACCACUGCGUACGCGAGGAGAUGAAGCGAGCGGGGAUUUCUCAAGCCAUCUUUGCUCGGGUGGCUUUCAACAGGACGCAGGGCCUUCUGUCAGAGAUUCUACGAAAGGAAGAAGAUCCUAAAAAUGCCUCUCAGUCCCUCCUGGUCAACCUGCGGGCAAUGCACGGCUUCUUGCAGCUGCCCGAGGCAGAACGAGAGCGUUUCUACCAGGAAGAGAAAGAGCGAAGCCUGACCGGAUUGACGCCGAGUUGCAACAACACACCACCAAGAUGCACUCAGGCCAGACUGUCACCAGUUUCAAUAGACAGAUGCGCGAGGACAGAUAGUUGCGUUCUCAACGUCAGCGCAUCAAUAUAUGAGGAAAUUCAGCACGAAAUGAGGCGGGCGAAGGUGUCUCAGGCUUUGUUCGCCAAGGUGGCUGCAUCCAAGAGUCAGGGCUGGCUGUGCGAGCUGCUUCGUUGGAAGGAAGAUCCCAGUCCGGAGAACCGAACCCUGUGGGACAACUUGUGCAUGAUUCGCCGUUUCCUGAGCCUGCCUCAGACGGAAAGAGACGCUAUUUACGAGCGAGAGAGCAUGAACGGCCCCGCCCAAAACUGCACCGAGAGACGUACGCUACUGGGCAAUGAAAAUGUGAUGUAUCAACGCACCGCUCUGCUGUCUCAGCAACACCACCUCCAAGCCCACCAACCUUUACACCCAGAAGCAGGCCCUCAUUCGUCUCCACGGCAACCGUGCGCCGCAUCCCCCGCCGAGCUAGAGACCGGCAGCAACUGGGGGCUUUUGAGGGUCAGCGUUCAAGGCGGGAGCAGCCGCAAUGGCGAGGACUCAGCUGAAGGAGAAAAUGCCUGUUUCGACGUGGAGUGGAAUGAAGAAACUGAAGGUAGAGAAAGCGUAAAGGAUGAAAAACUCACAGAGAAGUUCCAAGUAGAGUGGGCCACCGGUGAAGUCCAACAAAUGGGAUUGGAAGUAUCCCACGAAGCUUUGGGUAUUCUCCAGAGCUUCAUCCAAGACGUGGGCCUCAACCCUGACGAAGAGGCCAUCCACACCUUGUCGGCUCAGCUGGACUUGCCCAAACACAUCAUCCGCAGCUUCUUCAACAGCCAAUACCUGGUCAGUGCUCGACGCCAUGAGCAGUGCUGCAGUCAGAUCUUCAAACACAGACAAGAGAACCAGCAUCUUAAAAGAAUUGAGGAACUUAAAGUGGAAGAGGAGGUCAAAUUUGACGAGGAAGAAAUGAACGAGGAGAAAAAACUCGACUUGAAUGGAAUUACGUUGAAAGGGUUCGACAUUAGCACUCAAACCAUUCCAACAAUGAAGGAAGAAGAUGAUAACUUUGUUGCAUUGGACUCAAUCGAUAAUCUCAAGCCAUAACGUGAAUUUUUCCUUCAUUUCUCACCUUUGUUUGGACUUUCCAAAGGGAAAGUUCCGAAUUUCUGAUAUUAGGCUUAAUUUUAGAGUUAGCGGAGGUUUAAUUAGUCGGUGGAGUUGGUUUCAACAAAUUCCGCGCAGUAUGUUAGUUAUUUGUUAGUUGCGGGGCUCCAAAGUGGCCUUGGUUGGGUGAAGUACUCACUUUUUUUUUUUUUUUACUUAAGUAUAGUACAAUGUAGUAUAGUAGUAAAAGUAUAGUUACAGGGGCAAAAUAUUACUUAAGUAAAAGUACAAGUAUCGAAGAAACAAAAUUACUCAAGUAUAAUGGUACUUGCUUUAAAAAUGACAAAUAAAGAAUAAAAGUAUUUUCUUUUAAUGCAAAACUACAAGUGCUCAUUUUGAAUCCUGCGGCUUAUAGUCCAGUGCGGCUUAGUUGUUGAUUUAUUGGGUUAAUAAGUAACCCUUUAUUUGACAGCGGCAUCAUAAGAUUGCCAUAAGACCGUCAUAUUUAUGACAUGACACUAUCGUGGGCAUUAAUGAAUGCUUAUGACAGAUGUUAUUAAGUGUCACCUGGAAAACUACCGUAUUGGCCCGAAUAUAAUACGGCCCUGAUUAUAAGACGACCCCCUCUUUUUCAAGACUCAAGUUUGAUAAGACUUUUUGAACACCAAAUCAUUUUUUAUACAGAAAAUACAGUACAUCUGAAACAAAUGAUUAUAACAAUAUAUUUGAGAGAAAAAGCAUGUUAUUUUGCCUCAUUCAAAUCUUAAUAUCUGAACAUUCAAAUAUGUAAACUAAAGUGCAAUCACAUUAGUAAAUGAAUGGCUUCUGGUUUAUGAAAUGUAAAUAUACCAAUCUAUUGUGAUAAAACAACAAAAUUGCAAUAACUGCAUUAACCAUCAAAGUGAAGUCUAACUAACUUUAGUCUUGAAACAAAUCUGAAUAAGGAAAAACAUUGCAAUAAAAUAAUGCAAAGUGGUUAAACUUGAGAGUAGCUGAGAUCUGUCAUGACAGAACAUUGCUUCAAUAAUAUCUGGCGCCAUCUAGCGUCGUGGAUGGGUAUAAUGUCUAGACCGCAAAAAACAGUCUUAUAUUCGGGCCAAUACAGUAUGUCACUAACACCAUUUAUGUCCAGCUCGGAUCUUUUACAUCCAUUCAAAAGUGAGAUAAAUUUCCAGAUGACACAAAAUGACAUCUUUCAUAAGUAUUCAUUAAUGCUCAUGGCAGUGUCAUAACAUAAUUAUGAUGGUCUUAUGAGAGUCUGAUGGCGCCACUGUCAGAAACAGUGUUACCAAAUGCCAUAACUAGCAAUUAAUGAAACCACUGGAACAGUAACUGAAGAAAUAAUUAACACAAAACAUGAAUUUUGAUUGUUAUUUACGACUGUAGCGCUGCAAUGCAUGCUAGGAGGCAUUUUGGACGACAAAAGUGCUUACAGCAGGUGGCAACAGAGGUUCCUACAAGGGAACAGCAAUGGACAAAUUAGGCUUCUUGAAGCUUCAUGGUGGUUCAUUUGGUCUCAUGACAUCUUACGAUGCAGCUGUCAUAUAAAGUCUUACCGGUUAAUAUGUUUUGGUUUAAAUAUCCCAUUAUACAGUGAGGACAGCUGAGGCUUAUAGAAUUCACAAAUGCCGUUUUCAUGUCAAAUUUGGUGGGUGGCAGCUUAUAGUCAGCUUAUAGUGCGCCUAAAAGUCCGAAAAUUACUGUAUAUACACAGAUCUGAGGCAGUAUUCAAAGAACCAGAAAAUUCAUUGACAGCUGAAUUUUAUUUAAAACUGUGCAAAAAUGAAAAAACAAGCAAUCAGGUUGACUGGACUGUAAACAGAAAAAAAAAAAAAAAAAACUCAAAAAUUAACUUAAUGGCAGAUUGCAAGCAACUGUCAGGUGCACCCCCACCUACUGUACAAAAGUGUAUAGCACCCAUCUGAAGGCGAGCUGCUCUCACUGUUAUUUUUUUAUUGGUCAAUAUCUUGUUCACCUGCCUAAACUUGCUUGUACUCAUGUUGCUGCCUCUAAUGUUCAAUUACGGUAUAGUUGCACGGGGUUUAUCGAUUGUGCCAGAGGCAUGAAAACGAAACUAUCAAUUCCCAGAGAGAAAAAAACACACAAACAAAAGUAACGUGUAACGCAGGUGUGAAUUUGAAAAGUAGUGGAGUAAAAAGUACAGAUUCGUACAGUAAAAUGUAGUGAAGUAAAAGUAAAAAGUACCACUUUAUAUUUGUACGCAAGUAGAGUACAGAUACAUAAAAAUGUACUUCGUUACAUCCCACUACUGGUGAGUGGCUAAGUUAGCGCGAGUCAAUGGUGCUUGCCAGCAAACUAAUAAAAAAAAUGAUAUUAACAGCUCUAACUUCAAACGAAGCGCCCUCGUGGUCAAAGAGUAAACUGUUCAGUGUGUUGAUUUGGGAGAUGGGGAGUCCCUUUUGUUCCCACCCAUAAAAUCAGCGGUGAAAAAAAAAAAUUGUGAUUACACUCCGCCCUGCUUGCCUCGACAGCCUGUUCCCUGCAGAGCUGCUGGAUAACAAAUGUUGUUGUUCAUACUACAAUUGGCAUGCAAUAGUAAGUUUUAAUACGUUAUCCUAAAAACAUGGCCAACACCGUUGAUUGAAUGGGUUAUCGGUGAUUCUCAUGCGUGCAUACUGUAUGUUGUUUUCAAUUGGCAAACACCAUUGUCUUGACUCUUGCGCUAGCUUAGCCACUCCCGAGCCUUGCAACAAACAAACAACAAAUUGCACGGAAUUUGUUGAAACCGACUCCACCGAUAAAACUCGGCUAACUCGAAAAUUAAGCCUAAUGUAAAAAAUUUUGAACUUCCCCUUUAACUCAUUCAGUCUCGGCACCGAAUGAUUGAAUGUUUAAACCAACCAUAGCAAUCAUUUAGCAUUAGCAGUUACAUUUAUUCAAUCACCCCCUCCUAGUCAAAAUGGAUUGGACGUCUAGCACCGUCAAAGGCAGCCAAAGAGUUCAAAACAAAGUGACCCAAAAUUGCCCCGAAACCAACAGGAAGUGGCACAGAAUCAACAGGAAGUAACCUGGAAAUUAAAUAUAUUAAAAUUACAUGGAAGUGACUCAAAAUGAACUCGUUGGGUACCACUGACGACGAUUGAUGUCCAAUUAACUUAUACUGGAAAGACUGGCUGUGAAUGCUAAUCUUCAAUUGCCAUUGACGCCGUUAAUAGCACUGAAUAUGUUUAAACCGUUAUUACUGUUGUAGCAAUCAUUUAGCAUUAUUGAGUCCCAUUUUUGUAUUCAUUUGUGUGUAAAUUAGCAUCUUUGGUUUUCAUAACAUAUUUACAUAUAUUUACGGUUAUGAAUAUGUAUUUCAAUUUUUUUCUUCACUUCUCGUAUACUGAACCGAAAUGGUUAAACUGCAACAUUGAUGCCUCGUUUCUUUGCCGUAUAAUUACAGAGCAGAUGUUUCCAUGGCAAUACUUUCCAGAAAGAGGGCCACGAAAGCCUCGUCAUCAAUAUUAUUAGCGAUAAUAACAGUGAUAAUGGCCAGUGUCGGCAAGGGCGAAUGUGGCAAUCAAUACGCACGCAUACACAGUUGUUUCUUUAAUAACGCGGCGCUUUUUUCCCUAACAUUAGCAAUGUUGAGUGUUUGUCUUGUGUUGAAAGUGUUCGUCAAAAGCUCAUUUUGCAGAAAUGGUGGUGAUUACGAAUUCAUAAUGCUGUCCUGAUGAACAUUAAGCAGUAAAAUAGAGCCACUAAUGUGUAUAUGGCUUUUGAGUUAUGCACAAUGUAAGGCAGUUAAAUAAGAAAUAUUGAUAAAAGCAGACAUAUUGUGUUUAAUCUACUGUGAGAUUACGAUCCAUAUUUGAUAAACACAACAAUAUUUACGGAUGGAGUGCCAUAAUUUUUCAAUUAAAAUAAUACAUUCCAAAUGUCAGUUUUUAAUCACGUUUCAUUUGUGUAUUCAGAUCUUUUUAUUUCCCCAAAUAAAAAUGUUACCUUUUUUUAAAGUAACCAUUUUUAGAGAUUAUUUUUACAGUACCUAUUUGUUCAACAUUGUACUGCAGUUGAAAUAACGCAAAUGUGAUAUGAUGAAGUAUUUGGGAUGGGUGAUUUGACCUAAAAUGAUCAGAUUUUUUUAACCAAAAAUUCAAUGUACAAUUGAAUUUGUUAAAACAGUUGGUAGCUUUUUUGCCUGGCUCUGCCAAACUAUUCUCCCUGUAUUUUUCAAACACUGACAGAAAUAGUCUGGGAACCAUCCCAUUAACGGCCUUUUCGAGCAGGUACAAAAUCAAUCGACAAAUCAGAUUCGUUUAUUUACGUGACGUGUUCUUCACGAGCAACGUCACUCUUGCGCGUCGAAAGUCGUCUCCACAACACAGAUGGUCAACGGGAUAACCGAGAACAUGUUCCAAUCCGCGGAAAAUUCUGUUUUAAAUUACCAAAAACACAUCGACACGAGUCAUUGACUAUAGUCUGUCUCGCGCUAGCCAUGUUGAAUAAACUCCGCUCUCUUCGUAUGUCUACUUCCGCGCGCAAGUCCCUCGUGCU